GCUCGUUGGAGCUGCAGUGGACUCUGACCUCCCCAGCAGUCAUCUGAGUCCCAUCAGUGUGUGUGCAGUCAGAACAGUCCAACCAGGCCUGUCACUAACUGCUAUGUAAGAUGACAGCGGGUCUUACUCAACACCUCCAGGGGCUAAAGCAACUUGUAUGACACACAGCAGAGGUGGAACUAUUUUCUUCAGACUUAUUUCCUUGGACUGAUCUGGCUGCACCAUGGCUCUGCUCAUCCACAUGUUGGCCUGCGCCUUUGGCCUUGGCUCCUGGGUGGCGGUGAACGGUCUGUGGGUGGAACUGCCGCUCAUCGUCAACACCCUCCCUGAAGGAUGGGAACUCCCCUCCUACCUGACUGUCAUCAUCCAGCUGGCCAACCUGGGGCCUCUGCUGGUCACCCUCAUGCACAAGCUGUGCCCGGGUCGCCUUAAAGAGCGCGUUGUCAUUUACUGCAUCCUCUCCAUCGGGGUUCUGUCCUGCAUCCUGCUUGCCUUCUUCUGGGACAGGACUACGAUUGUGGCCGGGGCAUCCCAUAGCACAGCCUUCUUCAUCAUCACCUUCUUCCUCUCGCUGGUGGACUGCACUUCCUCAGUUACCUUCCUGCCUUUUAUGAUGCAGCUUCCGGCAAAAUACAUCACCACAUAUUUUAUCGGAGAAGGGCUAAGUGGUUUCAUCCCGGGUGUUGUUGCUCUGGCACAAGGUGUGGGCAUGGCCAAAUGUGUCAACUCCUCUCAGACUGCAGGAAACCACACAAGUGACAACAUGUGGUCACAACAUACAGAAUAUCUUCCGCCAAACUUUUCCACCGAGGUGUUUUUUUUCUUCCUGGCAGCCAUGAUGUGCAUAAGUUUGGCUGCUUUUGUUGCACUGAACAAGCUUCCUCGGACCUUCGAGCUGUCCACCGAAAACCUUGUGCCAGAUACUGUGGCGUCUGUCAGCUCCGGCCUGGACAACCCAGGGGCAGAGACUGAUCGAGGUGGUGAGAGGAGCCACGCUGAGGGGGCAGCUGAGAGAAGGCCACUGCUGGCAAAACACACUGUGUACCAGCUGACCUUUAUCUACUUCCUGGUGGUUUGGGUUAAUGCUGCAACAAACGGAGUGCUGCCCUCCGUGCAGACAUACUCCUGUAUGCCGUACGGGAACCUGGCCUAUCACCUCUCUGCUGCUCUGGCAUCAGUGGCUAACCCAGUGGCCUGCACAAUUGCAAUGUUCUUCCAAAACAGGUCACUGGUCUUUCUUGGAGCGCUACUGGUGCUGGGGACGGGGUUUGGCAGCUACAACAUGGCGAUGGCAGCUAUGAGUCCGUGUCCUUUGCUUCGAGGGUCAGCAGCGGGAGAGGCGAUCAUUGUGCUCUCAUGGCUCCUCUUCACUGGAACGCUGUCUUACAUCAAAGUGAUGGUGGGAGUCAUCCUGCGAGACCGGAGCCACAGCGCUCUGGUAUGGUGUGGAGCUGCAGCACAGAUCGGCUCGCUAGUUGGCUCCGUCACCAUGUUUCCAUUGGUUAACGUACUCCAGCUGUUUAAGUCAGGAGACUUCUGCAACACUGAAUGUCCUUCAUGAGUUUGAGACCUACAGUCCUGAGGAGCUACAGACUCUCAUUUAAAGGAAAAUAUUGGCAUGUUGGGACUCAUGGUCAUUUGAUUUCUUGCUGAGUGUUAGUGGCAAAGACUGACACAACUAGAGAUGUUAUAAGGAAGAGGCAAAUCAGUUAAAGAAUCCUGAGCGGAAAUCUGUGGUAGAAUUAUGGUGGUUAAAUGACACGUCUUGCCCCUCACUUCAAAAGCCAAUCAACUGCUUUGUAACCAGUAAACACUGAGCCAGUUAUGUUGUUGCACUGACCUAAGCACAAUGUUGUGAAACUGUGUACAUGUGUAGUAGAAGUAAACCUGUGGGGAGAAACUCUUUUUAUCAGAUUAGAGAUUUACUGGCACUUUGUAACUUUACUGCAAAUGUGACAUAUUUGAGCUAGUUCUCCUGGUGGCUAGCUUGGCUUGAAAGUGUAACGUGCUGGUUUGGUCGUACUCUAAACACUUUCUCCUAAUCCAUGGCUAUAUAAUUUAAAUACUAUAGUAGCAUAAGUCACAAGUUAAAAGUAAAAUAGAACUGAAGGAAUCUAACACUAAAAAUAAUAGUAUAGAUCACAGAACUCAAGCUGACCAAGUUCUCUGGUAGCAAAAGUCUGUAUAGUAGUUUAAUGUCAGUAACGUUGCUGUAAAGCCCUACAAGUUGGUUUUGGGAAUGUUCUGCCACACUGCAUUGUUUGACACAGUAGGCGAGGUACACUGGUCCAAUCAAUACUCGACAUUUUUUCUGAAUCUUUAUAUUUUAAUUUUUUUUUGCAUACUGCAUAUUAUAUACUACAUUUUAUCCAAAUCAGUACAUACUAGUAGCACUUUUAAACACAACCAAUGAGAAAGAAGUCUGACUUUGUUCAAAGCACAAAAAAUCUCCCAACUAGCACCUCCAAAGCUCAUGAACUAAAAUGCUCUAUCUUGCAUUCAAAUCGAGCACAAACCGAAACAUGAAUAUGACUAGUUGUGUUUUUUGGAGACUUAUGUUCUAAAGUAAUUUCUUGACAAUGACUACAAGUGCCUGAAAAGUACACAGCUUCUCGUAACAUCCCAACUUAUCACAUUACACGUUGUUAUUGUACUAAGUGAACAAACAUAAAUUAGUGAGCUUUGGAGGUGCUGGUAAUCAGAUUUUACUAUCUCGGAUUUGGACAGAGACCUGAGUCCUUGCUUCAUAUUCAGCGCACAUAAAUGAGACUAUUUUGCUCAUCCUUUGCAUUCAUUGUCUUUUCUAUGCAGCAUUGUGGUUUCUCCACCAUGUUUUCACUUCAAACUUUGUCGAUGUUUGUAUAAUUUAACACUCUCUUAUGAGAGAAGCUAUAAGUGAAAUAAAAAAGAAGUUCCACAGUGAA